ACCUCCUGGGUGGGCAUCGCCCGGCUCUUUGCCAUCGUGCUGUCCUGCGUCGCCUUCAGCUUGGUGGCCUCCACCGAGGAUUUCCAAGGGGCCUACGGGACGUGGUGCAUGUUCACCUGGUGCUUCUGCUUCGCCGUGACCGUGCUGAUCGUCCUGCUGGAGCUGCUGGAGCUGUACCCCAGGCUGCCCCUCUCCUGGGACGACUUCACCUCGGCUUUCUCCAUGCUGGCUGCGCUGAUGAUCUUCACCACCUCCGUGGUGUUUCCCUCCACCUUCAUCUCCAGCCCCUGCAGCUCCGACAAGUGCGUACGCCAGGCUGCGGCCACGGCCAUAUCCUGCCUCUGCUUCCUCGCCUAUGCCCUGGAGGUGGGGCUCACGCGUGCCAAGCCGGGUGACAUCAGCAGCUUCCUCUCCACCGUGCCGGGGCUCCUCAAGGUGUUUGAAGCCUAUGUGGCCUGUCUUAUCUUCUCCUUGCUGGAGGAUGUCAGCUCCAAACCUGGCCUGCAGUGGUGCGUGGCCGUCUACGCCAUCUGCUUCGUCAUCACCUUCCUCAUCAUCAUCUUCACCAUCGGCCGGUGCCUCGCUUACAUGCCUUUCCCCCUGGAGAAGAUGCUGGUGGGCUACAACGCCCUGGCCCUGGUGAUGUACCUCACGGCCACCGUCCUCUGGCCCCUGUACAGCUUCAAAAACGUGAGCCGGCCCAACCCCUGCAACGCAAACUGCUGGUGGAACAAGCGCCUGGGAGUUACCUUCCUCACCAUCUUCAACCUCCUCGCCUACCUUGUGGACCUGGUGUACUCUACCAAGAUGGUCUUCGGACAGGCGCUGGAGGCACCAUGGGCCAUGGCGCGUGGAGACUCCCUGUCCAUCCCUACCCCCAUGUCCCUGUGUGCUAGCUGA